AAUACUAGUAUAGCUAAAGUUUGUAAUACACAACGGCGUCGAUUGUUCUGCACGACAAUAAUCGGAUCGUACGUAGGCGUACGAAGAUUCAUAGCAACGACGAGCAUCGUGAUAUCGUAGGCACUGUCGCACGAAGAGUCACCGUGAAAAUGCGCGAAUAAGCGAGUUCCUAGGCGGCGGAUGAUCAUUGCGGUUGCUCCCGUGCACGAUGUUCCACCACCCCGAAAUGCAAUAGCUGUAUCGUAGGCACCAUGUACACAGCUUGGUUGUUCUCGUGAAAUUUUCUACGGAAGUUACACGACGUGCCUCGUAGAUUUCCCCUGCCUCACAGAUCAUCCGUUUAUUAUCGCAAACCUGUCGCCGCCGCCGCCGCCGUCACCGUCGUCGUCGUCAUCGUCUUCCGCUUCCGCUCCCGCUCGCGUUGCGUUCAUGUUCACGUCUGAUAAUUAAUAACUUGUGCUGUGCAACCCUUUAAUCGUGAAAGAGUAAUUGAGAGAUUGCAGUCAUGGAAUCAUCAGACAGGAAGAAUGUGUAUCUGACAAAAACCAGUGACAACUCCUUAAACUCUGGUAUGAGAGGAGACACUAUGAUUGUUGGUCAGGCUAACAUGACACAAGAGUGUGGCGGAGAAAAUGUGAUGAAACCUAAUGUGUCUAGUGUUUCUACCAAUCAAGCCAAGUGGUCCAAUGGUCAGGGUAAAAAUUUCAUCAUCAAUGCGGUGCCUGUAAAGAAUGAGAUUGUACAUCUAGAGGAUGGUAAUGCACAUUGCAACACUAAGAAAAUGUAUUACUACGAUAGACACUACACCGGUCACGAGGAGCCCGAGAGGCCGACGCGUAGAGGAACGAAAAGAUACAGGGACAAGGAUGCGCCGAAACGAGCAUUAUCUGCAUUUUUCUACUUUUGCCAAGAGCUACGGGGCAAGAUGAGGGAGUUGCACCCUGAAAUGGGAGUGGGUGACAUUGCAAAAGAAUUAGGAAAAUUGUGGAUGAGCACGGAUCUGCAGACAAAGUCCAAGUACAUGGCCAUCGCGGAAGAGGAUAGAGCCCGAUACGAGAGAGAAAUAAUCGCGUAUAACAAGAGAGUGAAAAAUUACGACCCGGAAGAAGUUGGAGCUGUAUAAGUUGUGUCAUGGAACGGAAGAAAACGACGAUUUCAGUCUCGUCUGAGCAUUCGAGUGCUGAUGCAAUACAUAAGAUUGCACGAAAAUAUUACUACUAACCUAGUAUUAUUACUGAUCGUUGUAUAUACUAUGUACACUGUUGAUAUUGUCGGGAAAGAAAGAAAAUUUUGGCUUUUGCAAAAAUUCGUUUAUAUACUUACGACGGCAAGAAAGAACAGUCAGGGGACGAGAUUUGUCUUAUAAUGAAUUUCUCUCUCAAACUA